AUGAAUAAAUUUAAUAGUAAUAGUAAGAAUUUAGUAUAUUAUUCCUUAGAUCCAACUGGAGAAUGGAGCAGGUUAAUUUAGUAGUAAAAUUCUCAAUCAGACCAGCAGCAACAGAUAUUAAAGUAGGAAGAUUAUUAACGUAAAUUACAAUACAGGUAAAUAAUUCAGAAAUUAUGUAAAGAUAGGAACUACAAGCAGCUAUGUUAGAAAGAAAUAAAAAGGACUCAGAAAGCUUUGAUAAUAGUUUAUUUGCUGAUUAAAUACAAAAAAAUAUGCAGAGACAAGAGAUUGAAUAAAUUCAGAAAUUGCAUAUAUUGAAAUAAAAAGAAGCAGAGUUUGCUAAAUACAGUUUGGAAUAGUAGGAAAUGAAGAAAAUACUAUAGAAACAACAGAAUAUAAAUGAAAAACAAUAGAUCAGUGAAUAAAUGUUAAAAAAUUAAUAAAUUUUUAAAGAAGAACUUAUGGAGAAAUAAAAUAAAAAGAACAGAAUUAGUUAUGAGUUAAAUUAAUCAUAUAAAGACAUGGAAGAUAAGAAAAGAAUGGAAUAAAUUAAAAUACGGUUAUUUGAAAAACAGAGUAUGCAGGAAGAAGUCAAUAAACUUCAAUAAGAUGAAGAGUAAAGAAGAAAUGUAUUAGCCAAAUUUAUACUAGUUCAUGAAUAAGUUGAAACACGAUUACCAUUAAAAUGAAGGAUUAUUGGAGAGAUACAAUUAAAUUUACUAGUAAAAAGAAAGAGAAAAAAGUGAAAUAGAGAACAAAUUAAUAAAGGAAGCUGCUGAAUAAAAGAGAUAAUAGGAUGAGCAAAGAUAAAUUAUAGAAAGAGCUAUCAGAUAGAAGAAGAACAAAGAAACCUAUAAUUCUAUUAUGGAAUAAAUUGAGUACAAACGACAAUGGAAAGAGCGAGAAUAGCAAUAGAAAUCAUAAGAAUUGGAGUAUUUUGGAGUUGUGAAUAAGCAUUUUAAAAGAAAGGAUUAAGAUGAUUUGUAAAGAAAGAUAGAAAAGUAAAAAUAGUAUCGAUAAGAUUUGAUAAUGCAGAUUGAAGAAUAAUAAACAAAGAAAAAAAGAGAUUAGUCAAUGAGUACUGUGGAAAUGAAAAUUAAUUAAAAUUAUUACAAUAAUGAGGCAUUAAAUGUUGGAAUUGUUCCAGGAGUAUUUGUUGAUCACAAUAGACUUAAAUAAUAGUAAUUCACCAUUAUAACAUAGAAAACAUCUUGAUAGCAAUCAAACUAAAAGAUAAAAUAGUUAAUUUUUAAAAUAGAGGAACUUAAGUGCGUAUUUUCCUUCAAAUUAAUUAAAUUGA